AUGCCUCGCAUCUCAUCCCACGCAGGCGCACAAAUUAAAGUGCCCCUCCUGAUUCCCUCCGACUCCCCUCGCUUUCUCCGGCACGGACAGGAGGCGGGGCCGAGAGAGACCCCAAGAAAGGGGCGUGACCAGCCAGCUACCGUAUUCUUUUCUCAGUUGCCGUCGGCUCCUUCCUGCGCACGCGCCUUCGGACUUUACAACUACGUGCACAGAUCAUGUGACGCCCACCCCCGACGGGCCCCCAGCAAAGCUGGGGGAGUCUGGGCGCAGGAGUGGGCCCAGUCCGAAGGGGACCGGGGGAGGGCUUCGGUACCACUCGACAGACAGGCGGAUAGACAAGAGAAUGCCGGGUCUUCUUCCACCAUCCGCGCGUGGAGAAAGGGGGGAGGCGGCGAGGCUUGCGUGUGUGAGGGAACCCCGCCUCCCCCUCCCGAGUUCCGAGCCUCGCGCUCGGACCCCCGGGCUCGGCCUCAGCGGGGCUGCGCCCAAAUUAGCAGAGUACGCAAAGACAUGUAUAAUGACACGUUAAAUGGGAGUACAGAGAAAAGGAGUGCAGAGCUCCCUGAUGCUGUGGGACCUAUUGUUCAGUUACAAGAGAAACUCUACGUGCCUGUAAAAGAAUACCCCGAUUUUAACUUUGUUGGAAGAAUCCUUGGGCCCAGAGGACUAACAGCUAAACAACUUGAGGCAGAAACAGGAUGCAAAAUAAUGGUCCGAGGCAAAGGAUCAAUGAGGGAUAAAAAGAAGGAGGAACAAAACAGAGGCAAACCCAAUUGGGAGCACCUAAAUGAAGAUUUACAUGUAUUAAUCACUGUGGAAGAUGCUCAGAAUCGAGCAGAAAUCAAACUGAAGAGAGCCGUUGAAGAAGUAAAAAAAUUAUUGGUACCUGCAGCAGAAGGGGAAGACAGCCUUAAGAAGAUGCAGCUGAUGGAACUUGCAAUUCUGAAUGGCACCUACAGAGAUGCCAACAUUAAAUCACCAACAGCCCAGGCUCCAAGGAUUAUUACUGGGCCUGCGCCUGUUCUCCCACCAGCUGCCCUGCGUACUCCUACGCCAGCUGGCCCUACCAUAAUGCCUUUGAUCAGACAAAUACAGACCGCUGUCAUGCCAAACGGAACUCCUCACCCAACUGCUGCAAUAGUUCCUCCAGGACCUGAGGCUGGUUUAAUUUACACACCCUACGAGUACCCUUACACACUGGCACCAGCUACAUCAAUCCUUGAGUAUCCUAUUGAACCUAGUGGUGUAUUAGGUGCGGUGGCUACUAAGGUUCGAAGGCACGAUAUGCGUGUCCAUCCUUACCAAAGGAUUGUGACCGCAGACCGAGCCGCCACCGGCAACUAACCUAUGACCUUCUGACCUCUGAACUCUUCACCCAAUGAUGACCUGACCAUGCCUGCCUGCUGAUCAGUUAACUGGUAAUCGCCUUUGCUUGCCUGUCAUCAGUGCAGCGAGCUGAGGCACUUGUCCGUUCGUCUUACCAUCUAACCAAACAAAAGACAAAGAAAUUGUUGUCCUCCAACUCCGCUUUUUUCCCCCCUGUUUGGGUGAAAGUGGUUCUAGAACCUGCACUGAAUAGUAGUAAAGCAAUAAGGUCCAAUCCAUCCCUCAGCACUGAUCAUCCUUUAGCGUUCCGCCCUAAACGAACGGUAAGAAGGCCUCUCUUAAGAAAUGGAGACAAAUGGCCCUUAACUACCCGAUGACAGAGGCAGUUACUGUGAGAGACUUCUAGGAAUCCUUUUCUUCUCAUAGUGAAGUCAAAGCUCUCUCUCUCUCUCUCUGAAUGUACUGUGCGAUGAUGCAUCAUGCAUGAACCUUCGGUCAGGGAUGUCAUUGGUGAAGUGAUUUCAAAAAGUAUUCAAAAUUUGACAUGCUGUUUAGUCACUACAGUGCCCUCAAAGGGCAGAAGUUGCAGCCUUUUUUUAUAUUGCCUGCCAAAUUUGAUGUAGUAAAAGAAAGUGUGCCAUGAAAGAAAAAUUAACAAGGAAUUUUGAAAACUAAUGCAAAGAACAAAACUGCAACACUAUUUUUUAAAAAAGGACAAAAAUCUGAGUUAAAAUUACCGAGCCUGUAUUUUACACCUCCUUAAAAAAUUAUAUGAGAACAAGGUACAUGCAUUAUGUGUCACAUUACUGGGCAAACUGUUCAAAUAUUUUUUUUAAACCUCCCUGUAUAGAAAAAUCAUUAAGGAUGUAAAAGCCAUGCUUGCCUAUUUGCUGUAUACAUGUAAUGAAAUUGUAGAUAAAGUGUAGUGCAUUGAAACAAAUGAACAAAAAAAGUAGAUACUUUUACUAUACAAGGGUGCUGGUGCAGAAAAAAAAUAUAUAUUUUUGGAAAUGUAGCAUUUUAUACUUUCAAGUGUUAUAAAAAAAGAAAAAAAGAACAAAGAAACCCUUUAUUUCAUUAAAUGAUUUUUUCUGGUGGUUGUCAAGAAACAAAAGACCAAAAGAGCCUUUUUGUCUUUCUUUUUUAUUUUUUAAGUAUUGGAAUAAGUCUAAAGAAAAGAAAGUGCCUUAUUUUCCUUCAUGGUCAUUUAGUCAAGUGUCUCCCUCCCUCUGAUAACAGAAGUGAAUGCAUGCCGCUCCGCCCAGUGUGUGAGAAGGUGGGGGGAGGGGGGAAGGCACAUGAGUUGAUGGUUUGAAUUAGAAGAUAUUUGCUAUGUUACCUUGAUGCAAUUUGCCAAAUCUGAUACUGUGAAAAAAAAUUUGAUAACUUUUCUAUCUUAUGCCAGACUGCUCAUUCAUUUUUAAAACAUUUUCAUUCUUUUAAAAUCAUAAGUAUUUUUGUUUCAUGCACUUGCUCAACCCAAAUCCAAAGGAUCUGAGACAAAAACUGUGUUAUUCUCUUUCUUCUCACUAUCAGAUUGAAAAAAAGUAAAUAGAGUGCUGCUCUGUUUUAAGGGGAUGAGUUAUAUUUUUAUUGACUGACAUAAUAAUGACCUAUAGAAGACUUCACCAGUUUCACAAAAUAAAGCUUUGUGAAUUUUACCAAUUUUUAGCCCAAAAAUUCCUGAACACUUAGCCAAAAUUUUAUACAACUUCUACCUGCCAUGUCAGAUAAUUUCUAUGAUACAAUUUUUUCAUUAGUUUUAACUUCAGUUGCUUUUGACUUUUAAAAGAAUGUUAGAAAUUAGCAUUCAUUUGCAUAUAAAGGCUCGACUAUAUAUCCGUUUAAGCUUCCUAAUUCUUGUGAAGUUCAAACAGUUGGCCUUGUGUAAUAGUUGAAGCAUUUGUGCACAAAGCUGAUUUCUAAACACUUGAGUGAUUAUUCAUUUUUUAACAACUCAGUACCAGACAUGGCAAAUUAUCAAGUGACAUUGUGUUCCCCAACUUAUCAACUCAUUCCCUCUUACAUACCUUCACAGCUUUGAAGUCAAAGGUCAGCAGUAAAGCUCAGUAAGCACCUGCAUGGUGACCUCAUCUAUCACCUUGUCUCACUUGGAAAUGAUUUUCAGUUUAUUUACUAUGCAAUAGACAUUCAUCCUUUUAUAUUCAGCUAGCUUUUGUUUAAUGUGCCACUGCUUUGUCUUCCUGUUACAUAUGCAAUAUUUUGAUUUCCUUACAAUAUAUGCUGUGCCAUUUUGAUUUUUAUUUUGGUUGGUUGAAUAAACUCGCGACACUCAAAACAUUUGAGGAGAGAUUUGCUAAAAUGUUACCAGUAUUUGUUCCAAUUUCAUCUCAACUAUGAUAAACCUGGACAUUUUAGAUGUUUAUCAAAGGUCUUUUAUUGGGAAGAAAGUAAGUGUAUGAAAUAAAUGUGUGACAUUUAUGAGUAAUGUUUGCUCUAAACAAACUUUCGAAAACUUAGUUGACAAAAUUUUGGAUCAACUAAAAAAAGCAUGACUUUUGAAAUCUCUGAAUGCCUUGGUUCUCAGUAUUAUCAUUCUUUAUUGAAUUUAUUUCUUAUUAAAAUAUGUAGUUUUAAGACUUUUUUUUCUGACAGUAUUAUGUAAUUUUUUUUUAGAGUGGGUAGAUGGGAGUGUCGCUUGUAUGCUACCGUACAGCUGACAUGUAUUUUGUCUAUUCUUUAUUAUCUUAGUAGUUUCAUGCUAUGUAUGUACCAUAACCAACCUAUUGCCUAUGAGAAACAUGUAAGAUAAUGUAUUUACAGCCAUUGUUACAAGUUUAUAAUGUAUUUUUCUAUCUUGUUUUAUAUGUAUGUUAUAUAACAUUCAAAAAGAAUUUUUUUCCUGAUUGAGAAAAGGAUACAAAAUGCAAAACCCACAAUUUUGAUAACUGAAAAUUGCCAAUUGUUUUGCAGUACUUUAUUAUAUUGAGAGUGUUGUCUUUCUUGGGCUUUUAGUUAGCUACUGAAUGAAUACAUUAGACACAUUCGGGUUUUAGUUGGGAUUUUACAUAGCUUGCAUUUUAAUUCUUUGGUUCUUUGCUGUUUCUAUUAACCCAUAGCAUUAUUUUAAUAAAUGUUAUAAUACCAACCUACUAA